AUGUCAGACGGAAACCACAGCGGUGUGACUGAAUUCCUCCUGACAGGAUUCCCCGGUCUCCAUCCACAGUACCACGGCCUUGUCUCUGCACUUUUGUUCCUGGUUUAUUUCCUAACGUUGGUCGGCAACGCCACCAUCAUUUUCCUGUUUGCAGCCGACCGUCGCCUCCACAAACCCAUGUACUACAUCAUUCUGAAUCUCUGCAUGUGUGACGCUUUGUUCAGCACCACCACGUUGCCAAAGAUCAUCAGUAAGUACUGGUUCGGCUCGGGGAGCAUUUCAUUCAUGGCCUGUUUCAUUCAAAUGUACUUUGUCCACUAUCUGGGCUCUGUGAAUUCGUUGAUUCUCUUCCUCAUGGCUUUGGACAGAUACUUAGCCAUCUGCCACCCUCUCACAUACUCAAAUGCUCUGAAAAUGUCCACUGUCCACAUUCUCAGCGUCGCGGCGUGGAUCAUUUCAAACGCGGGUCCUUUAAUGAUGGUUAUCCGAGCGUAUCCUCUGCCUUACUGUGCAUCCAACGUCAUCAAUCACUGCUACUGCGAUCACAUCGGCAUCACGUUGCUGGCGUGCACCGACCGAGCACCGUACGGCUUCCCCGCCUUUAUCAUGGCGAUGAUUUUUCUUCUCGGGCCGCUGGCCUUCAUCGUGUUCUCGUACAGCUCCAUCAUCGUCGCCGUGCUGAAGAUCGCGGAUUCGAGCGGUCGCUUGAAAACUCUGUCCACGUGCAGCACUCAGCUCAUCAUCAUCUCUCUGUAUUAUUUACCCAGGUGUUUUGUUUACUUGGCCAGCAACGUUGGCCUCAGAUUUAGCGUUGAUGUGCGAGUCGUGAUAAUCAUGUUGUACAGUCUUUGUCCCCCGAUGGUCAACCCUCUCAUCUACUGUCUGAGGGCGCAAGAUAUGAGAGAAAGUCUGUGGAGACACUUGAACAAAAGGAGCAUUUCACAGAAAACACAGGUUUCUGCAGUUUGUGGCUGA